GCCGAGACCCCGCCGGCGCUGAGGCUUGGCAGGCGGACAGUGCGGGCCCGGCCGCGGCCUCCGCGCCAUGUCCUCGGCCAGCGACGCCAGCAGUCACUUCCCCUUGCACCUCCUGGUCUGGAACAACGACUACCGGCAGCUGGAGAAGGAGCUGCGGGGCCAGAAUGUGGAGGCUCUGGAUCCACGAGGUCGAACCUUACUGCAUCUUGCUGUUUCUUUGGGACAUUUGGAAUCUGCUAGAGUCUUGCUCCGGCAUAAAGCAGAUGUUACAAAAGAAAAUCAUGAGGGAUGGACAGUUUUACAUGAGGCUGUCAGCACCGGUGAUCCUGAGAUGGUAUACACAGUUCUUCAACAUCGAGACUACCACAACACAUCGAUGGCCCUUGGGGGAGUCCCUGAACUGCUCCAAAAAAUUCUUGAGGCUCCAGAUUUCUAUGUGCAGAUGAAAUGGGAAUUCACCAGCUGGGUGCCCUUAGUUUCCAGAAUAUGUCCGAAUGAUGUCUGUCGCAUUUGGAAAAGUGGUGCCAAGCUGCGUGUCGAUAUCACAUUGCUGGGAUUUGAGAACAUGAGCUGGAUAAGAGGGAGGCGUAGUUUUAUAUUUAAGGGAGAAGACAAUUGGGCAGAGUUGAUGGAAGUCAACCAUGAUGACAAAGUGGUCACCACCGAACACUUUGACCUUUCCCAGGAAAUGGAGCGCCUCAGUCUGGACUUGAUGAAGCCAAAAAGCAGGGAGGUUGAGAGGCGGCUCACAAGCCCAGUCAUUAACACCAGCCUUGAUACUAAAAAUAUUGCUUUUGAAAGAACUAAAUCCGGAUUCUGGGGCUGGAGGACAGAUAAAGCAGAAGUUGUUAAUGGUUACGAAGCAAAGGUUUACACAGUAAAUAAUGUAAGUGUGAUAACCAAAAUACGGACAGAACAUCUGACUGAGGAAGAAAAAAAGAGAUAUAAAGCGGACAGGAACCCACUGGAAUCUUUGCUGGGAACUGUGGAACACCAGUUUGGUGCUCAAGGGCAGGACCUCACCACAGAAUGUGCCACUGCAAACAACCCCACGGCCAUCACGCCUGACGAGUACUUUAAUGAAGAGUUUGAUCUGAAAGACAGGGACAUCGGAAGGCCAAAGGAGCUGACGAUUAGAACACAAAAGUUUAAAGCAACACUGUGGAUGUGCGAAGAGUUUCCCCUCUCACUCGUGGAGCAGGUCAUCCCCAUCAUUGACUUAAUGGCCCGAACUAGUGCUCAUUUUGCAAGACUGAGAGAUUUCAUCAAACUGGAAUUCCCACCUGGAUUUCCUGUCAAAAUAGAAAUUCCCUUGUUUCAUGUCUUAAAUGCACGGAUUACGUUUGGAAAUGUUAAUGGCUGUAGCACUGCUGAAGAAACUGUAUCUCAAAAUGUGGAAGGGACCCAGACUGAUUCAGCUACCCAGGUCACAAACUUUGAGGUCAAUCAAUCUGUGUUUGAAAUUCCGGAAUCUUACCAUGUUCAAGACAAUGGCCGGAACAUGCACCUGCAAGAUGAAGAUUAUGAGAUCAUGCAGUUUGCCAUCCAGCAGAGUUUACUGGAGUCCAGCAGGAGCCAGGAACUUUCAGGACCAGCAUCAAAUGGAGGGAUCAGCCAGACACAAGUCUAUGACGACCAAUAUGAGAGGGCCAUCCAGGAGAGCCUCCUCUGCAGCCCGGAAAGUCUGUGCUCUGAGGUCUCAAGUGAGACAAGCCGUUUUGACAGCGACUUGCAGCUGGCUAUGGAGCUCUCUGCCAAAGAGCUAGAGGAACAGGAGCUCAGGCUUCGGGAGGAGGAGGCAGAGCUCCAGCAAGUCUUACAGCUCUCGCUCACUGAGAAAUAAACCUUUGUGUCCACGGGCAGCACAAGCAGAGGCUCUGGGCUGCACGCAAGGCCACGACACAGAAGGACCACCUCGCAUGUCUGCAGCAGAUGCAGCUGCACCUUCAGAGGUGCAGGACCAGGGGCUCCCAGGCCCAUCCAUGAUGCUCCCUGGUGAAGGGGUUGGGGACUGGCAGGUCCCAUCUCCAGGCUAAGGGGAGGAGAGCAUUGUCACUUUCCAUUAGCUGUAUUGGCUUGCAGGUCACAUUUUUACUACCAGCUUUAGACAAAAACAAAACAAAACAAAAACCCAAUCCCCGCAGGUUUGUAGAUUAAUUUUUAUCAAGGAGUGAUAACGAAACAAGUUAUUGCAGAGUCAGGGUGCUUUUAUACAUGAGAGCAGCAGCCUUUAUAGAGUGUGAUUUAUGAGAAUUUAUGAGACACUUCUUUACAGUUCACCAAAGAAAUGGAUAAUCUGUGCCGAUCUCUUUUAUUUUUACCUUUAUACAGCGUUUCUAGAACACUGUCACUAUUCCUCAUCCUUCUCCACCUUAUGCCAUUCCUUCCACCUCCCCACCCCCACCCCCACCCCCAACUAAAGUUAAAGAGGAGAUAUAUAUACAGGAUCUAUUUUAGAUUAGGGUUAACUAUUUACAUCAAAUUAAGAUAUACAGAUGACCACGGUUGUUGCCUUAGCCUUAAAAAUUACUAAUAGUUUCAAACCACCUCACUCCACUUAUUGAGGGAUCUGAUUUGAAUUUGUAAAGGCAGUUCCUCUGAGAAUAGGACCCUCCAGGCUAAAUCCAAGGCAGCUAAUUCUGGCCCUGAAGGCGCCUAGGAGAAACCAAGGCGGUUCUUAAAGUAGGCAGGCUGGCCAAAACAUGGGAACAGCAUAGAAACAAACUAAGUGUGUGUUCCACGUCUUCUCUAGCGAAGGGUUUCCAUGCAGAGGCCUUGGAAGUGCCUACCCUGUGCCCUAAGCUCACGUGCCAGGAAGGGAAAGACAUGAAAUUAGGAAGGGAGCAACAAGGGGAACUGAUGGCUAUCUUCAAAAGGGAAAAUGAUGAUUUCACAUUGCUUUUUAGAGUUCAAAUCGACAUCUUUCUGGAUAAAUAUAUUUUUUAACAGAAUCUUUUUAUUAUUUUUAAAAGAUGUAAAAACGACUACUCCCAUCAGUAGCAAUACAAGGUUAUACAUUUUAACCAGAUUUUCUCAGGCCUUUUUUGAAUACCUUUAGUAGUUAACUAUUUUGUCUAACCCUUCUGUAAAUAACCAUGGCACAACGUACAGAGCCUGGGGAAUACAGCUGAGGGCACCCUCACUCCAGCCCGUGUAUUCAUUCCCACAGGCUGCACUGAAAUAACUUGGUAAACAGUAUCCUCCUCUGUUCUGCGUCUGUUUCCUAUCUGUUGGCGGCCUUUGGGGAUGGGAAGAGAAACCAUUCAAGUUAAUGUCUAUAUCAUACAGUUAGUGUUGCCAGUAAAAUGUUCCUAGUCACUAAGAAUUGUGCUUUUGAUUCCAUGUAACCAUCUGCCUUGUUUGCCAUGGUCUGACCAAAAUUCCUUCUCCACACAAGGCCAGUAUAUGCAGCAUCACAUUUGUUUCAAAUACGCAGCUUGGCCCUUUGUUGACUUAGCGUUGGCCUGGAGGGAAGGCGCUUCUUGGGAGCUGCUGCAGUCAGGCCAUAUCAUCGUUUACUCACGAAGGUGAAUCAUAAGUAAUUUCUCUGUUUGCAUUCCAUUGCUCUGCUCCUGGUGUCUUGGACUUUCUCCCUGGGGAGUCAGUUAAGAGAGGGACUGAGUGUUGUGUCAAUCUGUGGCAGCAGGAGUUCUCAUAUUUGUGUUCACUCUCUUAAAAUGCAAAUAAAGACUGCUUCCUUAGAGGGUGCUCCUGUAAUAUUCCAGACAGCUUUUGAGUCCUUUUUUCUUUCCACAUUGUUUUCCUUGUCACUAAUAAAUGUGCCACAUGUCCUGGUGUGUACAUACUGGGACCCCAGACGGCUCCCGGUCAGCUGUGGGUUACAUAGGUGACACGCUUCUCUCAGCCUUCCUGCCCUAGUCGUACAGGCCAGCACCCCACUCACUGUUUCAAGUGGAAACUUAAGCAAGCCAGUGCCUGACUCGCUGAAAUGUCUCUGUGGUGCUGCUCCUUGAGGUGGGUGGCCAAGCAAACAACAAAUCUGAGUGAAAUGUACUCUUCUUUGAAGCCAAAUACUUGGUGAGGCUGUUCUGAGGUCAUAGAAGGUGAUCAUUAGAGCUUUCAGAUUUAUCCUACAUCUUAAUCUGUUGGUAGUAAAUCAAGAAAGGCGGUGACCAGUAAAAAUGGGAUCUAGAACUUGGGCUUUGAUAUUUCUGAGAAUGUGUGAAGGAGAUGCUCUGCUUUGGGCAAUAGUGAUACUCAGAGCUCAUGCAACCCUGGGAAGAACAAUUACUCUCCUUAAAAAAAAGUCCUGAUUCCAAGAGAUGCAAUAUUUAUUAAAAGUCCUGAUGCAAUAUUUAUUAAAAGUCAGUAUUUAUUGAAAGUCUUGAUUCCAAGAGA